CGCGAAAUUUAAUCGCGAGCGAUAUCAGGUUCAAUGGCGUCCUGCUGGCGGCAGAAAAAUCUGACGGGCCAGCCAGCCACGGGGCCACGGUAUCGGGCAGUAUCUCGGGUCGGCUGAAAACAAAAACAGUAAAGAUACGAAUAGCGCAAUAAUCUCCGCGAAGCUGACUGUCUAGACGCUUGGGUCACUUUUGGAGGGUAUGCGAAGGAUCAUGGCCGAAGUGGAAAUUGCAAAGGCUUUGCAGCUCGUUCGAGAAAAAGUCAUCGCGGCUUCGAAGGAGCGCUCCGGCCCGCCGGCUCGUCUCGUCGCGGUGAGCAAAACCAAGCCAGCUGAACUGCUGAUCGCAGCCUACGAAGAAGGGCAACGCCACUUCGGUGAGAACUACAUCCAGGAGUUGGAAGAGAAAGCGAACAGUCCGGAAAUUCAGACUGCCUGCCCCGAGAUCAAGUGGCAUUUCAUCGGUCGUCUGCAGCGCAACAAAGUCGCCAAGCUCGCGAAGGUUCCAAACUUGUUUAUGGUGGAGACAUUGGAAUCGUCGAAAACGGCUAUGGCUUUGAACAGUUGCUGGGCUUUGAACGGCCUGCCUCCGUUGAACGUGAUGGUGCAAGUAAAUACCAGCGGCGAAGAGCAGAAGAACGGAGUUGAACCUAAGGAAGCCGCUUCGCUCGUAGAAUUCGUUUUGAAGGAGUGUCCGAACCUUAAGUUCUCCGGUUUAAUGACGAUUGGUAUGGCGGAGUACGACGCCACCGCCGGUCCCAACCCGGACUUUGUGAGCCUGCUUAAGUCUAGGGAAGAGCUCUGCAAAGAACUCAACUUGGACGUCGGCGCCGUGGAGCUCAGCAUGGGAAUGUCUGCGGACUACGAAGAGGCUGUGCGUAUGGGUAGCACCAACGUUCGCGUCGGCAGCACCAUUUUCGGACCGAGAAACUACCCUGCGAAGGUCUAGUUUACGACGCGUUAUGCUUAUGCAUGAAAAUUCCUAAUACGGUAUCCAAAAACUUGAUUUUGUACUUCUCGACAGGGCAUCGGAUCGUUUGUAAGUGUUAUUCGUGAUCGGCUUAUUGACUAGCUGACGCCUUGUUUUUCUUCUGAACUUGGUAAACAAAUAAAAUAUUACUUUUUGUGCUA